GGCUGGUUGGCCGGUUGGGGCGGCCGAGGCGGCUCCGUCCGCGGGUGCCACGGCCGCCAUUUUAGAUGGCGGGAGCCACCGGGGACUGAGGCCCGGCCGGGGAGGCACCGCCGAUGCGGGGGCAGCCCGGGGCCCCCUCCCCCGGCCCGGGGACCCGCCGGCCCUGACUCGCCCGACCAGCUCCGGUCUUGACUUGCGUCAACUGGAUCAAUGGAGCACUUUCAGGGAGCUUGGAAGACGAUCAGCAAUGGCCUGGGAUUCAAGGAUUCGGUCUUUGACGGCUCCAGCUGCAUCUCCCCGACCAUCGUGCAGCAGUUUGGUUAUCAGCGCCGGGCGUCGGAUGAUGGCAAGCUCACGGAUUCCUCCAAGACGAGUAACACCAUUCGGGUUUUCUUGCCCAACAAGCAAAGGACUGUGGUUAAUGUGCGGAACGGGAUGAGUUUACACGAUUGCCUCAUGAAAGCCCUCAAGGUGCGGGGCCUGCAACCGGAAUGCUGCGCGGUAUUCAGGCUCCUCCAUGAACAUAAAGGUAAAAAAGCACGCUUGGAUUGGAAUACUGACGCAGCCUCUCUGAUCGGAGAAGAACUUCAAGUAGAUUUCCUGGAUCAUGUUCCCCUCACAACCCACAACUUUGCUCGGAAGACUUUCUUAAAGCUUGCCUUCUGUGACAUCUGCCAGAAGUUCCUCCUAAACGGUUUCCGAUGUCAGACGUGCGGAUACAAAUUUCACGAGCAUUGUAGCACCAAAGUCCCUACGAUGUGUGUGGACUGGAGCAAUAUCAGACAACUUUUAUUGUUCCCAAAUUCGAGUAUCGGCGACAGUGGUGUUCCCGCGCUACCUCCCCUGACCAUGCGACGCAUGCGAGAGUCUGUUUCUAGGCUACCCGUUAGUUCUCAACAUCGCUACUCGACGCCCCACGCCUUCACGUUCAGCACGUCCAGCCCAUCCUCCUCCGAGGGCUCCCUUUCCCAGAGGCAGAGGUCAACGUCCACCCCAAAUGUCCACAUGGUCAGCGUCAGCACCACCAUGCCCGUCGACAGCAGGAUCAUUGAGAAUAACAGCCUGAAUGCUUCUCCCAGGUCGCGGUGCAGACGAUUUUGUUUGAGGGGAAGAGGUGCGAUGUGGAGUCACGGUGAAUCAGCCUCCCCUUCGGCCCUGUCCAGCAGCCCCAACAAUCUGAGCCCAACAGGCUGGUCUCAGCCCAAAACCCCUGUUCCGGCACACAGAGAGCGAGCGCCAGGAUCCAGCACCCAAGAGAAAAAUAAAAUUAGGCCACGUGGACAGAGAGAUUCCAGUUAUUACUGGGAAAUAGAAGCAAGCGAAGUCAUGCUGUCCACCAGAAUAGGGUCGGGUUCUUUUGGGACGGUGUACAAAGGCAAAUGGCACGGAGAUGUGGCCGUGAAGAUCUUAAAAGUUAUAGAUCCUACGCCCGAGCAGUUGCAGGCCUUCAGGAACGAGGUGGCUGUGCUCAGGAAAACCCGGCAUGUUAACAUUUUGCUGUUUAUGGGCUACAUGACGAAAGAUAACCUGGCCAUUGUGACCCAGUGGUGUGAGGGGAGCAGUCUCUAUAAACACCUGCAUGUUCAGGAGACCAAGUUUCAGAUGUUCCAGCUUAUCGACAUUGCAAGACAGACGGCACAAGGAAUGGACUACUUACACGCCAAGAACAUCAUCCACCGAGACAUGAAAUCCAAUAACAUAUUUCUCCACGAAGGCUUGACGGUGAAGAUAGGAGACUUCGGUCUGGCGACGGUGAAAUCGCGGUGGAGCGGCUCUCAGCAGGUGGAGCAGCCUACGGGGUCGAUCCUCUGGAUGGCCCCGGAGGUGAUCCGGAUGCAGGACAAUAACCCGUUCAGCUUCCAGUCGGAUGUCUACUCCUACGGCAUCGUGCUGUAUGAACUGAUGACGGGAGAACUGCCGUACUCCCACAUCAACAACCGAGAUCAGAUCAUUUUCAUGGUCGGCCGAGGGUACGCCUCCCCUGACCUCAGUAAACUCUACAAGAACUGCCCCAAAGCGAUGAAGAGGCUUGUGGCCGACUGCGUGAAGAAAGUUAAAGAGGAGAGACCCCUUUUCCCCCAGAUACUGUCUUCCAUCGAAUUGCUGCAGCACUCUCUCCCGAAAAUCAACCGGAGCGCUUCGGAGCCCUCGCUGCACCGGGCGACGCACGCGGAGGACAUCAACUCGUGCACGCUGACGGCGGCCACCAGGCUCCCGGUCUUCUAGGCACCUCCCGCACCCGGGGCCUCGGGGGGGACGGGGUCUCUUCCGUGCCCCGGCCGGGGGCCGGGCCGCCCUUUCUUUCCGAAGGACGGAGGGAGGGAGGGAGAGGCGGCCACAGCUGAAACUACGAUCAAGCAGAUCUGUUACUUUUUGGUUUUGGAAUAGAUGCACUUGAGCCUCAUCCUCCCCAUCCGCGGAGGUGGAUAUUUCUUUGGCCGCGGUAUCUCGGCUCGGGCUGGUUCUGUUGAACAAGAGGGGUGUUUUGCUAGCAGGAACGGCUGUGUUGGAGGGGGAGGUUUAAAAAAAAAAAAGUCGCCGUUUGGAAGCUAGAGGAUUUUCCCGACAAGGGUGGCGACGAUGCGAUGGCAGACUGAGGGAGAAGCAGGGGCUCCCGCAGCGGUCCGAGCGUCCGUCCCGCGGGAAGACAGACUAAGCCGAGCACCGCCGCGUCGCCCCCCGACCCGGUUUUGCACAAAGAAGGCAGGGCCGCCUCGCCCGCUCACUCACCUCGCUCGCCGACUUCGGUACUAUCGACCUGGUCGCGGCAGGCCGGGGCGCCAGCCGGUGCCGAGUGACGGUUUUUUAGGCCGGGGACCUGCUCUAUUAUUACUCUGUCAGUAUAUUUCUGCACUCUAAUGCUGUCUUCCAGGAGGUGCACUACAUGACAAGGAAGCUGAGUGUAUACAGUUUUUCUUGCUGAUUUGGGUUUUAAUUUUGUUUUUAUUGCUCCUGAAAAAAAUGCAUUUAUUGUCAACCCCGGUUCCUCUGAUUUUAUCUUAUUUUAAUAAAAUAAAUUAAAUCCAA